AUGACCAACACUGCUGACAAGACUUUUAUGAUAAAGUCUUAUAUUCCAACACAUACAUGCAUCAAGAGAACAGAACACAAGAGUGUUACAUCAAAAUGGAUAGCACGAAAAUUUGCAAAUCAGGUUAAGACUGAUCCAAACAUAAAUGUGAAGACAAUUAAGGCAGUUUUGGGUUCAACAGGAAUUCAAGUCUCUUAUAUGAAGAUGUACAGGGCACGCAACAUUGCUGUAGAAAUUAAUCAAGGUAACUUUGCACAGUCAUAUGCACUGUUACCUGAGUAUGCUGAUUUGGUCUUGAAGAACAUGCCUGGUAGUAUAGUCAUGCUACGUUAUAAUGAUAGGCAAGACAUGUCACAACCUCUAGUGUUUAAAAGGUUGUUUGUAUCAUUUCAUGCAUGCACUGAAGGUUUCAAGAAGGGAUGCAGACCAUUCAUUGGUAUUGAUGGAUGUCAUCUCAAGGGAAAGUAUGGCGGUGUGCUACUGUCAGCCAUAUCUGUUUAUGGGAAUAAUGCCUUGUUCCCCAUUGCAUUUGGAAUAGUAGAAGUAGAAUGCAAAGACAGUUGGCUCUUUUUCCUUGAAUGUUUACAUGAGGGACUUGGAAAUGCUAGUCAUGAUCAAUCUCUGACUUUCAUGUCAGACAAACAGAAGGGACUAUCUGAUGCAAUUGCAUCAAGAGCCUAUACUGCCAUCCAGUUUGAGAGAGAGAUGAAUUUGAUUAGAGAGCUUAACAAUGAAGCCUAUCAGUGGUUGAUUAAGAAUCCCUUAAGCAUGUGGGCAAUGCAUGCAUUUGAUGAUAGAGCAAAGAGUGACCAUGUCACUAAUAACUUGUCUGAAUCUUUCAACCAAUGGAUAGCAGACUUAAGGCAUAUGUCUAUUCUUACCUUAGUUGACCAACUAGGAGUGAAGAUGAUGAAGAGAUUGUAUAGAAUGUAUGAGAAAGGCUGUGGUUAUGACAUAAAUGGUAUAGUCACAACAAAUCUGAAGAGAAAGUUGGACAUGGUGCAACAAAAGGCAAGGGAAUGCAUUGUUCAUCCAUCUAGUCCACAUACCUUUGAGGUGCAAGAUAUGUUUCAAGGUCGGUUUGUGGUUAAUUUGGUAGCUCACACUUGUACCUGUAGAAUAUGGAAUUCUACUGGGCUGCCAUGUAAACAUGCAACAACAGCUAUCACUUUCUUGAAUGGAAAAAUAGAACAAUAUUGUCAUGCAUUCUACAGUGUGAAGACAUAUAUGGAUGUAUAUAGUGGGAUGAUCCAGCCACUUCUUGAUCUAUCUAAAUUGAAACCAACUGAUCCUACCAAGCUAGUACAACCUCCAAUUCUUAAGAAGAGACCAGGAAGACCACAUACAACUAGGAAGAAGGAUGGUGAUGAGGUGACCAAUAUGAGAUCAAAGCCUAUGAUAUGCAGCAACUGCAAGCAAUCAGGUCACAACAAGAGGAAAUGCCAGUUAGCUCUAGUCAAGGGCACUGGAACUUCUACCAGUCAGGGAGGUGGUAUGAAGAGAAAGAAGGUAAAUGAAAGCCAAGAUAGUACCUACAACUCUCAAAGAAUUACCAGGUCACAGACAUCUAAAGCUAUGUCACAAGAGAGUAUACAGGAAAGGACUGUGGCCAAAUUGACUAAGAAGCAUGCACGCAGGAAUGAACAAAGGGCAACAGCUAGAAAGAUGGGCAGCUGA